AUGGAUCCAGCAUCCAUGAGUGGUACCGAGCCCCUACAACCAUCAGAUGAAACUCUUCCGGCCCACCAUUCACCCAGUCUUCCCUCCCCCCCACACCAUCGAAGACAUAUUCGCUACGCAACACCAGAGACCUCAGACCCACCUCCACCUCACUUUAUCCUCGAAGCCGCCCUGACCAGCGUCAGAAACAUCAGUGUCCCGCCCAGUCCUCCGCCAGCCAUGGCCUCAUCCGGCCAACAACAUCAAAGCAGCAGCCCGGGAUUCCAGCUCGACACUGAAGGUCAAGACCACGAUAGAAUGGAAAUGGACGAUGAGAGCGACGAGUCAGACUCCGGUCCCGACGACCAUACCCCAGAGCAUGAGCCAGGAGAUGCAGAAAUGGAGACUGCACCUCCACCUCCAACAGAGGCAGAAGUGAUGGAUACAUCUCCAGACCAUCAGUCAGACCCAAGGCAUCCAGAAUUCGGACGACCACAUACCAGUAUUGUCAUACAGACCAACCCAGAGACCGGCGAAUCAACUGCCCUUCGCGUUGUUACCAUCCCUGCUCCUACCAGUGGUCUGAGUACUGCACAACUGCGGGAACAAGCCGUUCUUGCUGCAGCAUCUGUACAUCUACCACCAGGGCUAGACGGCAAUACCCAGGACGUAAGGGUAGCAGCUGCAGAAAGGGAGUUGGCAGAAUUACGCCGAAGCGACCAGAGGGACAGGGCUAGAGCCAGAAGAUUGGCACGAGAGGUGGAUGAUGUGCCCGAAGGCGUCGGAGAAGACAGCGACGACUCAACAGACGAAGAAGAGCAUCCAUACUGGACGAAUCUCAGGGAAGACGAAUCAUCCCCAGAUGAGCAAGAGCUCAAAGAGAUUGAAAAGGAGGUCGAGUUCAGUGCUCUUGACCACGACCACUGGGAGGAGGUAGCGUAUCAGCCGCUUGAUGAUCCAGAGUACGUUCCUGCGGAGUCGGGACGUAUUACUUGGACUGUGGAUGGAGUACGUGGCACUCCCGAGAAGCCGAAUAGAGAGAACAUCAUGAGGUCUCCAUCUGUCUUUAUAGAUGGAUACUAUUGGAACAUUAAGUACUACCCUCGCGGAAAGGACGGAACCGAUCAUAUGAGUGUCUACAUCGAAUGCUCACCAACACCGUACGAGGAGGCGGAACAUAAAGCGAGCAAUGCUACAUCGUCAAAGGCAGUGCCAGAUGCAGACCAAACGUCGAUCGUUGUAGAGGAGAACCACCAUAACGCAGCUGCACCUGGAGCUCCGCCACCAUCUCUUGAGGAUGCGCAUGUUCCAAAUAUAUCAGAGGAAGACGCCGAUUCCACCCCUACCCCACCCAAGGAAAGAGAGCUCGAAGAGCAAAAGUCAUGGGGAGUGGCUGCGCAAGUAAGCUGCAUCAUCUAUAACCCUGACGAACCACGGGUUUAUGUCCAUGACAAGGGCUGUCAUCGCUAUUAUCAGGACAAUCCAGAGUAUGGAUGGGUUCGAUUCAAUGGGGAGGGGCCGGAUACACUUCCGUGGGACGAGAUACACAAACGUCGACGGCUGAAACGGCAAGCACUUCUCCGAAACGAUACACUCUCAUUCACAGUAUAUAUUCGUACCGUUGACGACGAUACCAAGACCUUGUGGUGGAGCCCUCCCGACGACAAGCCCGGAUGGAACAGCCUGGCAAUGACUGGUAUUAGGGCAUUCGAGUGCCAGGAAUACCAGUCAAGUGCCAUGAUUGCUGCUUUGUCAGCAUGGUUGCACCUCAUUCCUGUUGUUGAUCUCAUUCGCACCACCCACAUACCAGAUCCUGUUCUGGAGCCGGAGACACGGAUGAGACCAGUGCUUGAGGAGCUUCAGGACAUUCUCAACGAGGACUCGGAUCUUUUCAGUCCUGCUGAUAGUGCUCUUCCCCUGUCGGACCUUGUAAGAACUCUGAACUUUUAUGGCGCGGAAGUUGACCGUAAAAUGGACGUGGUAAUGAUUUGGGAGACCUUGCGGCGCAUUAUCAACUUUGAAUUUUCAGAUCUUCGUACCGUGGAAGAUGCGAAUGGGCUUGCUAAUGAUCAAUUUCGAGAGAUACUGCUACUCAAGCAGCCAGAUUUGAUGGGCAAAGACGACUCCGUUACCAAGUAUCAGAGCCUGGGUGGGGAAUAUCACCCCGAGAUCCUUGACACCGAACCUCAGAGCGUCACGGAAACCCUGAUCAAAGCUUCUCAAGGUCCAGCUAACUCUUUCCGAGUGUGGCAAAGUUUUGCAGGGCAACUUCAGAUCCCUUCUGGGAGUCCUUCGAUCUUGCAGGUCGAAUUACAUCGGCAGGACUUUGACAAGGUAGCUAGAAAAUGGAAGAAACUCACACAUCAGAUCAAGAUCGAAGAAGAUCUGACGUUCAGGGGGGUAGAUUAUAGUCUCUACGGCAUCGUUGUACAUGAGGGCGGUUUGGAGUCCACCGAGUACUACUCUGUCAUACGGCCCGAAGGACCUGGAACAAGAUGGCUCAGAUAUGCAGACGAGAGCAAUUCCAAAGGAGUCACCGUACUGACAACAAAGCAAGCUAUCGAUGCUCAUGAGGGAAGUGGCACGAAUGUAGAUGAAACAGCAGCAGUUGCCUAUGUUGUCCUCUAUGCACGUACCGACAUAAUCCCUCAUAUCUUGUGCACUCCUUUUCAUCAUAAUGAGACGCAAACCACCCACUUCGACCACGCACAAGAACUUCCAGGCGCAGCAAAUGAUAUGAUCACAGACAACAAAGAUGCUGAGCAUGAUAUCCCCGUCUAUGUGCAUGGUCACAAGCUCUUUGAAGGUUACUCGGGUCGAGGAGUAUUCGACCCAUGGUUCCGAGAUCAAACAAGCGGCGAUUUGCCAGGACACAAACAUUCGUUCCCCGCCUCGACGACACUAAGACAGGUGAAAAAGUAUUUGGAGGAAGAUGUAUUUGGGCUCGUGUCAGAUGAAAUUAGUUUGGAACUGUGGCCACUCGACACAAGAGCUUCGUGUAUGCCAAAUGCCUAUCCGCAACUCCUCUCAUUCAAAAAUCACAGCGAGGAAGAGUUGGGCGACAUGAUUCACCAUAGCGGUGGCUGUCGAUUCUGGAUGGCUUUGAAGACGACUGAUCCUGUUACCGCGGCCAAAUUCGGUCUGGCUGGCCCAUCGCCAGCCCCGGAACGCAUCGAGCAAGCCCAGUCAGACUCCAGGGCUAAUGCCGGAUUGUCAGCUACAAGAGCAAAUAUUGAACCAGCCGGCCAGGCAUCUGAGGAAGCAAGUGGCGGAGAUAUAGGCCAAGGUGAUACUGAGAUGGCUGAAGCCUCAACUGGGACUCACGAGACCCCGUUGGCGAAUGACUCAGAAAUUGUAAAGCCUCAUACGCUUGUGCAUCCUAAAGAAAUCUACUUCUUCGUGAAGCUUUUCGAUGUCGAGACUCAGACUCUUCGUGGAGUAAAUAGCCACUUUGCCAGGCGUGAUGCGAAGAUCUCGGAUGAGGCCAAACGAUUACUUAAAGUUGGCCUGAGCGAGGAAUGGGAUCUCUAUCACGAGCGACAUUUGAAACUUGGGCGUAAGGACCUCGUGGGCGACCAUGAGACGUUCGAGUAUCGAUUCGGUGAUGUGGGUGGAGACGGCAGUAUAUUCAUCGCCCAGCGCCGUCCCCCUAAAGAGAAUACCACGGACACGGUCAGUCUCCCGGGCUCGAUCACGUCUCUCGAGGCCGCAGGCAAGUGUGCUAACCCAAUCGACUUCUUCCGGUUCCUCCGCGGCCUCGACAACCCCUCAUACUUCCGCAACGAAGCCAACAGCUCCUAUUUUGGCUGCGGCUACAGAGCCCACUCCCUCAAAGGCGGCCGGGCCCACGGCAACGGAAUUCUGAUUUCCCUAUCCGGCGAUGCUUACGAUGGCGACUUUGUCGCCGGCAGGAAAUGCGGCCGAGGGUCCAUGGAUUAUGCAAACGGCGACAGCUAUAGGGGUGAAUGGGCAGCCGAUGAGCCCAAUGGUCAGGGUCGGAUGGAAUACGUUAAACAUGGCAAUGUCUACAUCGGCGAAUUCAAAAAGCGGAAACGUUUUGGCAGGGGAACGAUGGAGUUCAAGCAUGCAGACGAGGAAGAUUAUUUCUGCCAUAUUUGCUGGGAGAAUGAGAUCGAUGCGGUCUUCUUGCCUUGUGGGCAUCUGAGUGCGUGCGAAGACUGUGCGAGGCAGAUGCAGAACCACGACUGCCCGGUUUGUAGGAAGAUGGUCAAGCAAGUGGUGAAGGUUUGGAAGGUUUGA